AUGUCUACGGACGGCACGUACAAGUUGCACUUUGUGUACAUGUUUGUUCGCACUGAGUGCGAAGAAGCGUACUGGAAGCUCUUUGAUGUGACAGCAAGGUCAUUGCAUUCGUUCUUCGGAUUUACCCUCAUUCCAAAGGUUCGGGCACUGCAUAAUAGUCCUUAG